AUGCAGCGAACCGCAGAGGCGGCACACCAAGCAACCCGGCGGCGCAUCUCGCAGAUGCUCCAGCAGGCAUAUGCGGACUUGAAACCGGGAACCAUGUUCAAGAGCAAGGAUGAUGUGUUACGUGCUUUGGCAGCCGUCGCUGUGUUCCAUGGAUGCAACCACUAUGUGUACGCUUCGGACACUUUCGCCAUUCGUGUCAUCUGCGGCAACGAGAAGAGGCGCCAGGAUGCGCUUAACAUGAACGCGAGUGACCCUUCCCCGCUUGGGUGUCUCUACUGCUGUACCAGCACGAUACAGCCUUGCGGAAGGUUUAGAGUGAAUCAGCUCGGCAUACAUACUUGCCGCAACAGCAAUCGGACAGUCACAUCCCAGGCGCUUGCGCGCGUUGACCAGGCCAUCCUUGGUACUGGUCUCCAGAUGGUGCAGGUGGCACGAGAAAGAUACCUUCUCAAUAUGACACCAGGCCAGAUGUACCGCUACCGACAACUUCUUCAAUGCGACGCAGAGCGAAUGGCAUUGGAGUAUGCUAGCCUGCGCAAAACCGUCAACGCCAUCAAUCGCGACGGCCAUCAUGCUGCACGCGUGGACGUCGUGGACGGAAGAUUCGACUACCUCGUGUUCUGCCUCAAGCCAAACACGAUUUCCCAGAACUCGCCCCGUGUGCUGUUCACGGAUGCCACGUUUCUCCCGCCUCCGUAUAGGUUGAAGCUCCUUCUUCUCUGCCAGAUGGACGCUGACAACAGAGCGGUCAUCCUCAGUGCUGCCAUUGCCUACGAGGAGACGAAAGAGGCGUACACACAGCUCUUCAAUUUCACCAUCGGCCACAUGGGCCACCUCAACGACACCUAUACCGUCUUCUCCGACGAAGGCCCGGGCGUUGUUGCCGCCAUCGAAGACGUGCACCCUUGGAGGCCGAUGCUGUGCACCUUUCAUAUUCGAAAGAACAUUGUGCACCAGGACCUUUUCACAAAGGUUGUGGAAGCAAGAACGCACGUACAGUUUGACACCGCUAUGGCAGAGUAUUUCCGCGUCAACAGGGCCGAGGCACAGAGGAUCAUGCGCAAAGGUCGUCACAAAUGGUGCCAACUGUUUGCUGUUGCUCCAACAUUCGGCUGGCACACGUCAAACCUCGUCGAGUCCAUAAACGCAGCACUGAAGAAACACAAAAAGUUUGGGCCGGUGUCUAUAAUGGUCGCAAUCACGCACUGGAUGGCCAGGCGACGUUUGGAUGUGCUGGCGCAUGCCGAGACACACAGCUCUCCUCUCACAAGUUUUGCUGCCGAGGAGGUUGCUGCGAGCUGGGGCGCUGCUGCUGGACUCGCGGCUUUGGACAUUGGACAUGGUCGAGUGCACGUCCACAGACCCAAUGUGCAACCCCACCAACCGACAGUGACUGUAGCGAAUGGCGUCUGCAAGAACUACAGCGGGCUUCCCUGCAAACACAUCGUUGCAAUCAACCAUCCUCGCGCUCACACCAUCCACGACAUGUUCAAGCAAGCCGUCUACGUGCAAGCCUGGCAUGACUUUGGCCUGCAUGUGCCGUUGGAGGCGUCGAGCUCAUACAGCCCGGGCGACCGCAGGAGAACAGACUGGAGCGACAACCACGCAACCGCACGCGUAAUCGCAGGGGCAGGGGUCGAGGCAGGGGUAGAGGCAGGGGACGUGGUGAAGGUGGUGGUCGGGGUGGUCGACGAGGUGGAGGGAGAGCGAGUGCCCAUUCCCACCAGCACUGCCUGCACCUGUACACGGGCCAGCAGCGCCACCGCCUCUGAUGCAUGCCAUGAUGCCGAGCUUGUCAACGACACCGGUCAUCACAAGCAUAUUGACGCCGCUGCAACUACCAAUGACUGGAGCGGGAUGGCAGACGUCAAUGGCAGCAUUGUCUGCAGCAACGGCAACAACGGCAGCAACAACGGCAACAGCUGUGAUGGCAGUUGA